AAUGAUUAGAAUAACUAUGUGUACAUAUAGUAAAGUAAAGAGGAGGAAUAGAAGUUUGGGUUUGUCUUUAUUUAUGAAUAUGACAUAAUCUUAUAACAGCUAAAAUAUGGCGAAAUACUAUCAAAUUAUAAUUCAUUGCAUUUUGUUGUUACUUUUGAUUAUCGAAACUGAUUUAUCAUUCGGAGUAAAACUAGACCCAGACGUAGUGAAAAAUACUUGGAUUCCCAAUUUUUCAAAGACUCUGAUGACAUUUUCUAAUGAUGUUCUAUCGCCAAAAUUGAUACAACGGGAUAUUUUAACUCAUAGACAGACCAAGGUUAGCAAAACUUUGGCAAAAGACAUACAAAAUGAAGUUUUUCAGGAUAUGUGUCAAAAAAUAGGAGAAAGAAUUUUCCAAGCGAAAACAGCUGUAUUUAAAAUCAAAACUACAGCUGAGACAAAAACAAAACUAAAUCAAGGAAUUAAAAUUGCAAGGUGUUGUAAAAGCGGACCUGUUCCUGGAAUGUUAUACGAAGGACGGCUCCGACAAGACGUUAACAAAAAAUUAUUAUGUAUUGGUUCCAGAAAUUCAACUUCAAUAUCAAAAAUUGAUAGUGAAAAGUUAUUUCCAGUAUUCAAGGAUAAUUACCAAACAGUACCCAGUGUACUAUGGCAGUAUUAUGCUGAUAUAGAUGGAGAUUUUGUUGAAUAUCCUGACAGUAACAGUCAUCAAUGUGACAAGAAUGGCAAUAUUAUCAGUCCGUUAACGGAAGACUGGUUUGCAGUAAAGCAUCUUAAAACAGAGAAAAACCUUGUAAUUGUAUACGAUGUAGGAUUAAACACAGAAAGUACUGUCGAUAGUCAGGGAAGAAAAUUUAGUGAAUUUGUUAUAGAAGCUGUCAAAGAAACUUUACAUACGCUAACACCUAAUGAUAAGGUUAACAUUAUUGCUUUCAAUGAAACAGAUCAAAUGACAAAAGUUUGUAAUAGUAAGUUAUUCAUCGCUAAUCAAAGAAAUAAAGAUAUCCUAUCUGAAUUUGUAACAACUAUGGGAAAAUCUGGAGGACGCUCAGAUUACAGCGUUGGAUUGGAAGCUGCAUACAAAUUAUUAAAAAGAGAGAACUUGGACAAACAGAAUAAUCCCACAUCUGUAUCAGACAUAGUUAUAUUAAUUACCGAUGGUAAAACACCGACGGUUAACACAACAAAACUGUUUACAAUGAUAGAAAAUUACCAGAAACUUGUUGGUAGGAGCAUUUCGCAUGUUGUGUUUUCACUUGAGCCGAGCACUGAACAAGUAAAACAUAUUCUCACGAACAUUGCAGAACAGCAUGUACCAAACUGGCCUGUAGGUUUGAAUGUAUCAAUAAGACCAACAGGAGUCAGUAAUCAAAAUGGAAUUGUUCAUUUCUUUCCUGAUUUAAAAGGUUUUCCUACAGGUGUUGCAAGAGAGUUCACAUCGAGUUUACCAGUCACUACAAAUACUAACAAAGAAUAUACAGUCAUAGCUCCUGUUAUUGAAGACAACUUAGGUCUGAAAAUGACAAUAAGUGUACCUGUGUUUGAUAAAUCAUCAAAUAAUUCAGUAACUGGAACUGCUGCCAUAGAUGUUUCCAUGGCAACAAUGUUUACAGAAAUAGAAGAUUUUGUGCUUGGUGUUCACAGCUAUGCAUUUUUAUUGGAGAAAAGACAUGGACAUGUUUUACUUCACCCGAAACUUAAAGAUCCAGCUAACACUAAACAUGUUAAAGAUGAGGAUAAUAUCUUUCCAUCAAUUCAAACACUGGAACCAAAUUUAAGUCAAGAACAAAUUAAGAAGAUUACAAAUGAAGGACCUAUCGGAUCUUUCUCUGCUAAGACAAAACCAGGAAGGAGUACGUUUAUGAGUCAUAAAGACAUGUCACUCCAAGAUUCGACUAUUAUGUAUCAACAUCUAGAUGGUACACAGUUUGUCAUGGUCAUGGUUAUGUUUCAUUCAGAUAGUGAAGUUCCAAAAAUGAACCCACUUCCACCGGGUAUCAAUAUAAAGAAGGCACCCUACCAUAGAGUAGAUAUCAGUCACAGCUUUCCAGUAUGUUCUAUAGAUGGCCACAUUGUAACAACAGCUGAAACAACAGUCAAGCUUUCGCCAUCUGUAUUUGUUGAUUCAGAAGUAUAUAAGUUUACAGAGGAAACCUCAUCCAAAGUUGACACCAUAUCUGAUUUUUUGUCUGGUAGAAACAAUACAAACAUUAUCAAAGAAGGGCUUAAAAAAGAGAUAUGGCAUUCCUUGAUUGAAACUCAAAGUUUGACAGACUACUGGAGAAAUUCUAAAAAUAAAGUCAUUGAAAGAUUUUUUGGCUCAACAUCUGGAGUCUUCAGAAUGUAUCCAGGGGUAGCCUUAAGUAACACAUUUGACCACAUUCAGUACACAUGGUACAAGAAAAGUGUAGCAAGAUAUCAAGACAUUGUGUUUACAUCUGGAAAAAUCAGUGAAUUCACUACAAAAGAUGUUAUGAUAUUAAGCAGAGCUCUUUCAGAAAAUAUUGAUAUAAAAGACACAGGUACUGCUUCAUCAUUACAGGGAGUUGUUGGAGCUACUUUAACACAUAGUCAACUAACAGCUAUGUUAAUAAAUAACGUAGAAGAUUGUACAAUGAAAGGUUUAGAGUGUCAUAUUAUGGAUAACAAUGGAUAUUUUCUAACCUUUGGAACAGAGAGACAAAAUGGAAAAUAUACCUCCCAUCUGACACACAAAUUUCCUUGGUUAGCUUCACAGCUUAUUAGAAAAAAACUUCUUAAGCAAGUUUGGUGUACAAGUAUGUCAGAAGGUAACCAUGAAUUAUCUUAUUCGAUACAAAUACCAGUUAUAGAGCAUGACGUAGGAGCUGCCGAUGUAUGUAGACAAUAUGUCAUUGGAGCAGUUAAUGGGACAAACUUGUUUAUAUUAGUUGUCAACGGGCGUGGUGAAAAUAAAUGUACAGAAUCCAAAAGACAAACGGAGGUAUGUGAUUCGUGUGGAGUUACAUAUGCUAAAUGUAGCCAGUGUAUUAACGGGAAUAAACUCGCAUGUCAAUGUCCCUGUUAUUGUGAAGUAGAUUUUGAUCAGUGUUCGAGUCAGUUUGAUGACACCAACUCAACUAACUUCCCACAUUCAGCAUGCUACUAUGAACCAUUAUACAGAAAACUAACAGAAAUCAAACAGUCAGCACCAGUUGUUCCCUGUAAAGCACCGUGCCAAGCAAUAGAGGAGGCGAAUGAAUGUAAUAUUUUGGCACAUUGUAAAUGGAAUACAGAUAUUCAAUUCCCCUUAUGUGUAUAUGACGAAAUAACUACAACAGCUACGCAGACAACACCUACUAGGAAGCUAAUCAUACCAACCAAAAAACCUAACCUACCCACCAAAAAGCCGAUUGGUCCACCAAAGAAGCCAAACUUACCAACCAAAGUGCCAAAUACACAUUCCAAGGCAACUAACUUACCCAGCAUUGAUACCAAUCAAACACCAAGUCCUACACAUAAAGUACCACCAAAACCAAUACAUACACACAAAAUACCACCAGGUCCAACCAAAAAGAUUGCAACAACAAAAUCGUCAUCACCCGUAGGAACAUCAAUAGAUGGUUCCUCAACAUUGGUCGUUGCACCCACCCUGAAAAUAGUAAAAGACACCAAAUCAGGAGGGGAUAAUACAGGUCUUGUAGUUGGACUUGUUCUGGCUGUUAUAAUACUGACAGCUCUUAUUGUGUUUAUUGCUUGGAGGUUUUAUGGAAAGAAUAUUCAGAAAGCUCUGGGAAACACUAAAGCAGGAAAAUAUGUCCGAAGGAAUAGUGUGGUGGAUCGAGUAAUGUUCAGCAAAGUCAAUGAGGAAAUAAUAACAUCAAAAGGUCCGGCAGCUACAUCUGUUCCAUACGGACAAAUUGAUUAAUCACGUGAUAAACAGACACACAAUUGAACAUAGAAUUAUCUUAUGCUUGUUUGUAUAAUAAAACCAUUUUUACUCUUAAA